GCCGGUAAGGGGUGGCUGGCGCUUACCCCGCGUGUUGGGGACUUUUAGCUUUAGCGUGGUGGGGCUAGCCGCGGCGCUGGUCUCGGCCCAACAGCGAAGUCGGCAGGCGUGAGGAAGUGCCCGUAGUGCGGGCGGUCAGUGGGCCCGGUCGCUUACAAACCCGUGGCUGGGGGUUUUGGCCCGCCGGUCCGGCCUGGCUGCUGUGGGGGGGAGGCCUCCUCCGGCACCGGGGCCCGGCGCGGCAGGUAGGGAGGUCGCGUUGGUCGCUUCGGGUCGUCCCCGUGUCGAGGAAGCCCCUCUGCUUGGGAGGAAGCUGGCGGCUGUAAACACGCGGCUGUAGCACUUCUCCGUCCUGCGCACGGGGAGACUUGGCAAGAGCACGUUUACUCGUGUCAGCACCGCACCCUGCUUACUUCAGCCUCCCUUCCGAUGAAAUGAAGAGAUGUUACCGGAGAGGCAAAGGAAAGCGUGGACGACGCACAGCUACUGCCCCCAAUCACAAUACCCGUACUGUGAGGCUGGAACGGGAGGAACCACAGACCCCAGUGCAUGCAGGCCCCAGCAGCAGUGGGGAUCCUUCUUCAUCCAGUUUAACCCAGAACUCUGUAGUACCAGAACUGCCAGGAUUUUACUAUGACUCAGACAAGAACCGCUAUUUUCGCCUGCUGCCUGGACAUAAUAACUACAACCCACUCACCAAGGAGAGCAUUCAGUACAAGGCCAUGGAAUGCAAAAGACUGAAACUCUUAGAAGAGGAAGAAAAACAAAAGAAGAAAACAACAAGGGCUGGACUGAAUUCAUCUAUGCUGUUACAGAAAAGGCAGCUGGGUUUGCUCAGCUCCACAAGUUAUUGCAGGCUGGUUCAUGAACUGAAAGUGAACUGCAUGCACAGGAGGAAGAUAGAAAUUCACAGUCCAGAUUCUUCAGUUGCUGGAACCAACAAUUUUAAAAUAAUUGUGGCAGAUGUUGCUUGUGAACAGAUAUUCACUGUGAACGACGUAGAGCAUGGAGGAUGUAAAUAUGGUAUCAUCAACCUCAGUGGUUUGGGGAAGGAGUCUCCCACUGUGGAGAUGUAUGACAACCUCUACUUCACAAAUCGCAAAGUGAAUUCUAUGUGCUGGGCAUCACUGACUCAUCCAGAUUCUCAUGUUUUGCUGUGUCUCAUGGGAAUUGCAGAAACACCAGGCUGUGCCAGUCUGCUUCCAGCAUCGUUGUUCAGCAGCAGUAACUCAGGAGAUCGACCUGGUAUGCUGUGCAGCUUCAAGAUAUCCACUGCCUGGUCCUGUGCUUGGUGCCUGAACCCUCAAAUGAGUGCCUGCUUCAGCACAGGCCUGACGCGACGAGUUCUUGUGGCCAAUGUAGUGACAGGGCGUCAACAGUCAUUUAGAACCAGUAGUGAUGUCUUGGCACAACAGUUUGCCACACAGGCACCAGUGCUGUACAACGGCUGCCGCUCAGGGGAGAUCUUCAGCAUCGAUGUGCGUCAGCGCAACCGAAAGGGCCAGAGCUGGAAGGCGAUUCAGCUCUUCCAUGACUCGGCAGUUACAUCCAUUCGCCUUCUUAAGGCUGAACAUUAUCUUAUGGCAGCAGAUAUGGCUGGCAAGAUAAAACUGUGGGACCUGAGAACAGCAAAGUGUGUGAAGCAGUACAAAGGUCAUCACAAUGAAUAUGCUAUUCUCCCUCUGCAUGUAAACGAGGAGGAAGGACUUCUAACAGCAGUUGGUCAGGAUUGCUAUACCAGAAUUUGGAGUCUCCAGGAUGCCCAUCUGCUUAGAACCAUCCCUUCUCCCCACCCAUCCUCCAAAGAUGCUAUUCCCAGCGUGGUGUUUUCUUCAAGACUUGGGGGUCACCGAGGAGUUCCUGGCUUACUCAUGGCUGUCAAACAGGAUCUCUACCACUUCUCCUAUGACUGACACAAUAUUCUCCUCAGACCUUGUCUACAAAGCUGCCAGCCUAUACAUGACUUCGCAAUUUCUGCACCUUCUUCAGCAGGUUCAGCAAAUCUUGCUGUAUGUAUCUUGUAAAUAAAAGCUGAAUGCUGAUUAA